AUGGUUGCCUUAUUAUAAUCCAUAUUGUUGUUGUUUUAUAUUAGAAUUGCAAAAGGUUGUACUUAAUUAGCAAACAACGAAUUAGUCCUAGUGAAUAAAAUUAAUGAAACUUAAAGUAUGGAUGUUUAAUAAUUAUUCAUUAAAUAAGAGCAAUUUUAAAUAGUGUUAGUAGGAAAUGAUAGCGACAUUAAUAUUUAAUAAUAUUUGUAUACUCAUUCGAAUCAGAAAUAUUCUUUUAACAAUAUAGUGAGUGUGAAGUAUUUGAGAUCUUAUAGAGACUACAGUGCAGUAAAUCAAUAUGUAUUAUUGAAUAAAUUUAAUGAUUAAUAUGAAAUACACACAAAUAGUUAUUAAAUUGAGUACAAUUAGCGUUUACCAGUAUUCAAAUUAAAUUUUGUGAUAAGUAAUCAAACAUGUUAUGAUAUUGAAAUAAUGAAUAGAUAGACGAUAAUAGUAGAUUGUUUUAAUGAAAGUAGUAAUGUUUUCAUUCUUUAAAACGAGACAAGUAAAAUCUAAUAUUUUACCUAAAAUUCUACUUAAGAUUUUAAAAUAAAAAGAAAGAUAUUUGCUUUUUAAGAUAAAAUACUGAUUCGUGUAUUUUAUUAUGAUGAAGAUUAUAAAUAGUCAUCUAUUUAAUUUAUAUAGAUAGGUGAAACAAUUUAAAGUAUUUUUGAAAUAGAUGAUAAAUAUAUUAAUGAAAGAUUAAAUGAUACUAAAGUCAUGAUUGAAUUAUAAAUAGUAUAAGUGUAAGUAGAAUAGUAAAUUAUAACAAUAUUGAAUAAGAAUCAAUGGGUGAUAUUGAUAAAUGCUUAAGAAUUCCCAUUAAUUCUAAUAGAACAGUAUUUUAAAAUAAAUUUGGAAUUACCAGUAGUAUUUUUAGCAUAUCACAUUUAAUAUUAGUAUUUUGCUUUUCUAACAUAAUAAAAAAUUUAUAUUGUGAAUGGAGAUUUUGAAACUUAAGAGAAUAUUAAAAAUAAAGAAGAGUAAUCUAAGAUUUAUUUUACAGAAAAAAGCCUAAUUUUAUAAAAUAAAGAAGAAUUAAACUUAUUGUAAUUUAAUUUGAAAAAUCUAGAAAUAAUUCAGAUAGAUAGUAAUUCUAAAUUAAUUAUGGAUUAAACAUAAGAUGAAAUAAUAAUAUUUAAUGAAUAGGAGAGUCGAAGAAUUAUAAUUAGAAUGAAUAGAUAAUUAUAUUUCAAGUCUAAUUACUUAUAUUAAUAAGUUAGAUAAGCUAGUUUAAUAUAGUCAAUAAAUUCGUCCGAAUCUUGCACUCUUAAAAUCAGAUAUAUGACUAUAGCAUUGAACUCUACUGAAGCUAUUCCUACAGUAAUGAAUCAAUUUAAUACAAUAUUGAAUAGCUAAAUAGAAUCAUAUGAAGUUCAAAGAUUUAUAGAUGGUCCAAACAUUACAUUUUAUAAUAUCAAUAAAUUUAAUGUGAAUUAAGUUUAAUUCAGUAUUAAUUUUGAAUAAUUGUAACAAAAGACCAUAAGUGGUAUUAUAUCUGAAACAUCUCCCCAAUAUAUUAAAAUAAUAAAUGUUGCAACUACUUACUUGUAUUUUGUUUAAUCUUCAAAUUUGUAUGUACAAUUUUACUAUUGUGUUACAGAUAUGAUUUGUACAUAUGCAAGUCAAAUAUUCCUUGAAUUCAAUUUGUCAUAAGUUUAGCAUGAGUUUUUUAUUUAUGGCUACAUUGUGUUUAUUGUAGUUAAAAAUAAUCAAUAAUUAGAUGUUUGGAAAGUAUCUGAAUCUCUUAUUUAUUAAUGUACAAUCUAUCCUGAUUAAGAUCAUUAGAUUAUACAAUUUUAAUAUAUCAAUCAGUUUCUAGCAGUGCUCUACUCUAAUCAAUUAGUAGUUAUAUACAAAAUUGUUGAUUAAUGUUAAAAGUCUUAAACCUUCACUACAGAAUAUAUGUCAAAUUUUAAUAUCUCAUGGAAUCCCACUUAUAUAUAGACGAAUGAUUAUCAUAAACUAUUAUAUGUUUAAACUGGUAUCUAGUUGUUGCUCAUCUCAAUGUAAGAAAAAGAUAUAUAUCCAAUCAAUAUAAUUACCCUUAAUUAUAACAAAUCUAUAACAAUUUUUUCUUUUUAAGAUAUUAUUUGGAUCUAUUAUAAGGAUACUACUAUCAUUGAAUCAUUCAAAAUAACUUCCUUAACAUAUAUCCAAUAUCAAAGUACUAUUUCCUUAUAUAACGUCAUUCCUAAUAAGUUUUAUCAUAAUUAAUAAGCCUCAUAUGUCUAUUUUCAAAAUAGCCAAGAUAGUUUAGGCUCUAUCUAUGUAUAUUGUAUGGAAUGCAGUAGUCAUAAUGCUUUGUUGACAACUUUCUAAACCAAAUAUAAAUUAUUAUAUCCAGUUUCAAAUUUAUUUAUCAUAGCUGAUAUCAAUCAUUACUUUGAAGUACCAAAGUUAAUAAAAUAUUCCAUUUAUUAUCAAGAUAUAGAUAAUCCAAAUUAUUUAAUCAAAGUUAAUACAUUCUUAACAGUUUCAAGUUAUGAUAACAAAGAUCAAUAUAAAUAUUUAGUUAAUUCAACUCUUGUUAAUCCAUAUACAACUAUUACAGUUAAUAAAACAUAGUUGAAUCUUGAAGAAUUACUUACUUAAGGUAGACCUAUUGGUUAUUGUCAAAGUAAAUAUUCCUGGUACACAGGAUAAGUUGUGGAUAUCACUUUGAAAAGUGCAUAACUGAAAUUAAGAAAAUCCAUGCAUCUAUUAGAAAAGGAAGUUUGUUCUUCAGGAUUAGAUAUUAAAGAGUAUAUUUCAGAUUCUGUACUUAUAUUACAUGAUGAUAAAAUUGUCAAAUUAAAUAUGACUACUAAACUUUAGUAAAUCUAUUUCUUAGAUACUAAUAUUACAUAUAUUAAAAUCAUAUCAAUUUAUGAAGAACUUAUUUUCAUUUCUUCCUAUACAAUUACUCCUAAAUUUUCCUAUUUGAUUUAAAUAAUCUAAUGUGACAAGGAUUUCAAAUGCCUUAAAAAAUAUGAUUGUCUUAAUUAAAAUGCUGAUCCUAAAACUAUUUAAGUUUUAUACAAUUUAUACUUUAUUAUUUCAGAUAUAUCAAUAGAUGUUUACUCCUUUAAAGAUGAUAGAAUAUCCUAUAUUCAUAAUUUUAAUUAUUCUCAACAAGGAUAUUUUCAAGCAAUAAUUUCCCCUGAAUAAAAUUAUUUUUAAAUUUUCUCUAAACAAUCUAAUAAAAUCACAAUUUCUAUGUAUCAACUCAAAGAAAACCAAUUCCUUUUAAUAUAAUAAGCUGAAAUUGAUUUAUUAGUUGUCAUCUAAUAAACAGGCUUUUACAUAGAUCCCAAAACUUUAUUUUAUAGAGUUUUAAUAAAAAAAAGCAAAGCUUAGUAAUAAUUGUUUACUGCUGAAUUAUUCUGCUAAUCAUAUAAACAUUCACACUAUAUCCUAUAAAUAUAAUCAAUUUGCAAGAUAACACAAAACCUCUAUUAAUGUGCUAUUAAUAAUUAUAAAAUUUUGUAAAUACUUUAAGGAUAUGGUACAUGGCCUUCUAGUUAGGUUAGAAUAUAUAAAGACUAAUAUUUAUUUAUGAAUUACUAUUAAACUACUACAUAUAUAAGUGCUGUUUACAGUUUAUAAUUAAGUUAUGUACAUCCAACUAAUUCUUCUACAUUAUUUUCAGGAGCUAUCUAAUAUUAAAAUGUUUCAGUCUCAUAAUAAGCUUUUUUUACACAAGAAUCCUAAAUUUAUUUAUUAACAAAUGCAAUCAAUAAGGAAUUAUUUGCACUUUUCGAAAUACAUAACACUACAAAAUUUUGUAUUUAUGAUCAUUUGAGAUCAGAAUAAAUUUAAAUUACUCUAAAAAACAAUUUUCAUGAAAAAAAUGAUACCAUUGAAAUUAAUCAAAAUAGUGACAUUGAUGAUAACAAAAGUUUAUAAUUUAUAAUUUGGCUUGUUUUUGGAAUUGUAUUAGUAUUUCUUUUGGGAAUGUUGUUAUUUGGUUGCUAUGUCAAAUAUAAAAAGAGAUAAUCAGAAAAUUAAUUAAUUUUAUGA